GGGAGGGGGGCGGCCCCCGCUCCCGCCGCCGGGCCGGGGCGCCAUGCCGCUGGCUCCGCCCGCACCACAUGACUCCGCCGUCGGGAAGAAACUUUUUCCCGUCCCGCUGUCGGAAAAUGGCGGCGUAGGAACGGGGCUCCCGCAUCCCCGGCCCGGUCCGACCGCUUUUCCCCCCCCUUCCCCCAGCGCCAUGACCCGCUGGGUUCCCACCAAAAGGGAGGAAAAAUACGGCGUAGCUCUCUACAACUAUGACGCGAGGGGGCCAGACGAACUUUCCUUACAAAUAGGUGACACCGUGCACAUAUUAGAAACAUAUGAAGGUUGGUACAGAGGUUAUACACUACGAAAAAAAUCCAAGAAGGGCAUAUUUCCUGCCUCCUAUAUACAUCUUAAGGAAGCAAUAGUUGAAGGCAAAGGACAACAUGAAACGGUUAUACCCAAUGAGCUCCCCUUGAUUCAGGAGGUUACCACAACGCUGCGGGAAUGGUCUAUAAUAUGGCGGCAGUUAUAUGUUCAAGAUAACAGAGAAAUGUUUCGCAGUGUACGGCACAUGAUAUAUGAUCUUAUUGAGUGGAGAUCUCAAAUACUCUCUGGGACCUUACCCCAAGAUGAGCUGAAAGAACUGAAAAAGAAAGUGACUGCCAAAAUUGAUUAUGGCAACAGAAUUCUUGAUUUAGAUCUGGUUGUUAGAGAUGAAGAUGGCAAUAUUUUGGACCCAGAGCAGACAAGCACGAUUAGCCUUUUCAGAGCACAUGAAAUAGCUUCCAAGCAAGUUGAAGAGAGGCUACAGGAGGAAAAAUCUCAGAAACAGAAUAUUGAUAUCAACAGACAAGCCAAAUUUGCUGCCACUCCUUCAUUUGCUUUAUUUGUAAAUUUAAAAAAUGUGGUCUGUAAAAUAGGAGAAGAUGCCGAAGUCCUGAUGUCUCUGUAUGAUCCACUGGAAUCAAAAUUUAUCAGUGAAAACUAUUUGGUGCGAUGGUCAAGCUGUGGACUCCCCAAAGAUAUAGACAGGUUGCAUAACCUUCGAGCAGUGUUUACCGACCUGGGCAGCAAAGACCUGAAAAGAGAGAAAAUCAGUUUUGUCUGUCAGAUUGUGCGAGUGGGCAGAAUGGAGCUGAGAGACAACAACACGAGAAAACUAACCUCUGGGCUGCGGCGACCUUUUGGAGUAGCAGUAAUGGAUGUUACUGACAUAAUUAACGGAAAAGUUGACGAUGAGGACAAACAGCACUUCAUACCAUUUCAACCGCUAGCGUUGGAUGACGCCAUUCGACACAAGCAGCUGAACAUAUCAUCCCGUUUUUCACCCAGGGUGGCAGGGGAGAAUGAUUUCCUUCAGACUGUUAUAAACAAAGUGAUUGCUGCUAAAGAAGUUAACCACAAGGGUCAGGGUUUGUGGGUGACUUUGAAACUUCUUCCAGGAGAUAUUCAUCAGAUUAGGAAAGAGUUUCCACACUUAGUGGAUAGGUCAACAGCCGUGGCUCGGAAGAUGGGGUUUCCUGAGAUUAUUAUGCCUGGUGAUGUUCGUAAUGACAUCUAUGUAACAUUGGUUCAGGGAGAUUUUGACAAAGGCAGCAAAACAACAGCAAAGAAUGUAGAAGUUACAGUAUCUGUUUAUGAUGAAGAUGGCAAAAGAUUAGAGAGUGUUAUUUUUCCUGGCGCUGGUGAUGAAGCCAUCUCGGAGUACAAGUCAGUAAUAUAUUACCAAGUAAAGCAGCCUCGCUGGUUUGAGACUGUAAAGGUCGCAAUCCCUAUCGAAGAUGUGAACCGCAGUCAUUUAAGGUUCACAUUCCGUCAUAGAUCAUCACAGGACUCCAAAGAUAAAUCUGAGAAAAUAUUUGCCCUAGCAUUUGUGAAGCUCAUGAGAUAUGAUGGAACAACUUUGAGAGAUGGAGAACAUGACCUUAUAGUUUACAAGGCAGAAGCAAAGAAACUGGAGGAUGCCUCGACAUAUUUAAGUCUUCCAUCCACUAAAAUAGAAUUGGAGGAGAAGGGGCACUCUGCAACUGGGAAGAGCAUGCAGAACCUCGGAAGCUGCACCAUCAGCAAAGACUCUUUCCAGAUUUCUACUCUAGUUUGUUCAACAAAACUUACCCAGAACGUUGAUCUCUUGGGACUUCUGAAAUGGCGAUCUAACACAAACCUGUUGCAGCAGAAUUUGAAGCAGCUGAUGAAAGUCGAUGGUGGUGAAGUGGUUAAGUUUCUUCAAGAUACAUUGGAUGCACUUUUUAACAUAAUGAUGGAGAACUCGGAGAGUGAGACAUUUGACACGUUAGUGUUUGAUGCUUUGGUGUUUAUCAUUGGACUGAUUGCUGACAGAAAAUUUCAACAUUUUAAUCCUGUCUUGGAAACCUACAUUAAGAAGCAUUUCAGUGCUACGUUAGCCUACACAAAACUGACCAAAGUUUUAAAAACGUACGUGGAUAACGCUGAAAAAUGUGGUAUCACUGAUCAACUCUUUAAAGCUAUGAAAGCUUUGGAGUACAUCUUCAAGUUCAUCGUCCGGUCCAGGAUAUUGUUCAAUCAACUUUAUGAAAACAAAGGAGAAGCAGACUUCAGGGAGUCUCUGCUGCAGCUCUUUAAGUCCAUCAAUGAGAUGAUGAGCAGCAUCUCCGAUCAAACUGUCAUAGUGAAGGGGGCAGCACUUAAAUACUUGCCAGCUAUUGUCAACGACGUGAAAUUAGUAUUCGAUCCGAAAGAACUUAGCAAACUCUUCACUGAAUUCAUCCUAAACGUUCCCGUGAGCCGGCUCACGAUCCAGAAGCUCUACUGCCUGAUAGAGAUAGUUCACAGUGACCUCUUCACGCAGCACGACUGCAGGGAAAUCUUGCUGCCAACAAUGACAGAUCAGCUGAAAUAUCACUUGGAAAGACAAGAAGAUUUGGAGGCUUGUUGCCAGUUGCUGAGUAACAUCCUGGAAGUGCUUUACAAGAAAGAUGUGGGGCCAACACAACGACAUGUCCAGAUAAUCAUGGAAAAGCUACUGAGGACAGUAAACAGAACAGUCAUUUCCAUGGGACGUGAUUCGGAGCUCAUUGGGAGUUUUGUUGCAUGCAUGACUGCCAUUUUGAGGCAAAUGGAGGACUAUCACUAUGCUCAUUUAAUCAAGACUUUUGGAAAGAUGCGGUCAGAUGUUGUGGAUUUUCUGAUGGAAACAUUCAUCAUGUUCAAGAAUCUCAUUGGGAAGAACGUCUAUCCCUUCGACUGGGUUAUAAUGAACAUGAUGCAGAAUAAAGUCUUCCUGCGAGCAAUUAAUCAGUAUGCAGAUAUGCUAAACAAAAAAUUUCUUGAUCAAGCCAACUUCGAGUUGCAGCUUUGGAACAACUACUUCCACCUGGCUGUUGCUUUUCUCACACAAGAGUCUUUACAACUGGAGAAUUUUUCAAGUGCUAAAAGAGCAAAAAUACUUAACAAGUACGGUGAUAUGAGAAGGCAGAUUGGUUUUGAAAUCAGGGAUAUGUGGUACAAUCUGGGUCAGCAUAAAAUCAAGUUCAUCCCCGAAAUGGUGGGACCUAUUUUAGAAAUGACGCUUAUCCCUGAAACCGAACUUCGGAAGGCUACGAUCCCAAUCUUCUUUGAUAUGAUGCAGUGUGAAUUUCAUUCUACUAGAAGCUUCCAGAUGUUUGAAAAUGAGAUCAUCACGAAACUGGAUCAUGAAGUGGAAGGAGGCAGAGGAGAUGAACAGUACAAAGUGUUAUUUGACAAAAUUCUCUUGGAGCACUGCAGAAAACACAAAUACCUUGCUAAGAGUGGAGAAACUUUUGUGAAACUUGUUGUCCGCUUAAUGGAGAGGUUGUUGGACUACAGGACCAUAAUGCAUGACGAGAACAAGGAGAACCGCAUGAGCUGUACUGUCAACGUGCUGAAUUUCUACAAGGAGAUUGAGAGAGAAGAAAUGUACAUAAGGUAUUUGUACAAGCUGUGUGACCUGCACAAAGAAUGUGAUAACUACACGGAGGCUGCCUACACGUUACUUCUGCAUGCAAAGCUUCUUAAGUGGUCAGAAGAAGCAUGUGCAGCUCAUCUCACCCAGCGGGAUGGAUACCAGGCUGCUACUCAAGGACAGUUGAAAGAUCAGCUGUAUCAAGAAAUUAUCCAUUACUUUGACAAGGGCAAGAUGUGGGAAGAGGCCAUUGCCUUGGGUAAAGAACUUGCAGAACAGUAUGAAAAUGAAAUGUUUGAUUAUGAACAACUCAGUGAACUGCUGAGAAAGCAAGCCCAGUUCUAUGAAAACAUUGUAAAAGUAAUAAGACCAAAACCAGACUAUUUUGCUGUUGGAUACUACGGCCAAGGAUUUCCGACAUUCAUAAGGAACAAAGUCUUCAUUUACCGGGGAAAGGAGUACGAACGCCGCGAAGAUUUUGAAGCAAGGCUCUUGACUCAGUUUCCAAAUGCAGAAAAAAUGAAAACGACGUCUCCACCGGGCGAUGACAUUAAAAACUCCUCCGGCCAGUAUAUUCAGUGCUUUACUGUAAAGCCAAAGCUGGAUUUGCCCUCUAAAUUCCACAGGCCUGUGUCAGAACAAAUCGUGAGUUUCUAUAGGGUGAAUGAAGUCCAGCGGUUUGAGUAUUCACGCCCUGUUCGAAAAGGAGAGAAAAACCCAGACAAUGAGUUUGCGAAUAUGUGGAUUGAGAGAACCAUCUAUGUGACAGCGUAUAAAUUACCAGGGAUUCUGAGGUGGUUUGAAGUCAAAUCAGUUUUCAUGGUUGAAAUUAGUCCCCUGGAAAAUGCAAUAGAAACCAUGCAGCUAACAAAUGAUAAGAUCAAUAAUAUGGUUCAACAGCAUUUAAAUGAUCCAAAUCUACCCAUUAACCCCCUCUCGAUGCUACUUAACGGCAUUGUGGAUCCUGCAGUCAUGGGAGGGUUCACAAACUACGAGAAGGCUUUUUUUACUGAAAAAUAUAUGCACGAGCAUCCAGAAGAUCAUGACAAGAUUGAAAAACUGAAGGAUCUGAUCGCUUGGCAGAUCCCGUUCCUGGCGGAAGGCAUCCGGAUUCACGGGGAGAAGGUGACGGAGGCGCUGCGGCCGUUCCACGAGCGGAUGGAGGCUUGCUUCAGGCAGCUUAAAGACAAAGUGGAAAAACAGUACGGGGUGCGCGCUGCCCAGCUUUCAAGUCUGGAUGACAGACGAGGCAGUCGGCCACGGUCCAUGGUGAGAUCCUUCACGAUGCCGUCAUCUUCAAGACCCCUCUCCGUUGCGUCGGUGUCUUCCAUCUCCUCCGACAGCACGCCUUCUCGACCCGGCUCGGAUGGGUUUGUGCUGGAGCCCCUCCUGCCAAAAAAGAUGCAUUCUAGGUCUCAAGAUAAAUUGGACAAGGAUGACCUAGAUAAAGAUAAGAAGGAAAAGAAGAAAGAGAAAAGGAACAGCAAGCAUCAAGAGAUAUUUGAUAAAGAAUUUAAAUCUACUGAUAUUUCUCUGCAGCAGUCUGAAGCAGUGAUCCUUUCAGAAACGAUCAGCCCACUAAGACCACAGAGACCGAAAAGCCAAGUCAUAAAUGUCAUUUCAAGUGAAAGACGUUUCUCCGUCUCUCCAUCACCUCCCAGCUCCCAGGUGACGCCACCCCCAAUAACUCCACGGACAAAACUCUCUUUCAGCAUACAGUCCAAUCUGGAGCUGAAUGGUAUGUCCAGCUCCGACAUCCCCGACAUUCCUCCUCCUCUGCCUCUCAAGGGAAGCAUGGCCGAUUAUGGGAACCUCAUGGAAAGUCAAGACUUGAUCAGCCCGACGACCUCCCCCCCUGCCCAUCAAAGGCACCUGCCACCUCCGCUCCCCAGCAAGACUCCCCCGCCUCCGCCUCCAAAGACAACUCGGAAGCAAACAUCUGUUGACUCUGGGAUUGUCCAGUGAAGAAGGAAGCAUUUUUUUCCAAAGAUAAAGCUGUAACAAUUCAUUUCCCUAAGUAUUUUAUGGUAUAUAAUGUUUACCUCAUUCAGGCGUGCAGUAUCUAACAUUUAGUGCAAUGACUCUAACUCCAUUUCUAGCCGCGUGUUGGAAACAACACUACAUCACCCCUCUUUCUGGGGUUUUCCCUCCCAUAACUUGAAAGAAAUCUGGAUUUCUACUUGAGACUGGGAGGUGUUCAUCAACUGACAGUACCCUCUUCCUAAACCUUCUCCCUGCUUCUUCUGAAUAACUUCAGGCACAUAGGUAGCUGUGGAGAUUGAAAUGAGAGUAUUUUGUACCUAAAGCAUUUAGGUAGCUGCGGAGUUGAAAAUGAGCUGAGUAUUUUGUACCUAAUCUCAGUGUAUAUAGAAAUCGAUGACGAUAUUCACACUGAAUUCAGUGCACGUUGGAGUAGGCUUCACAGUAAGGAGAAGCUGCCGUAGGAAUUCCCCAAAUAACGGUUCCGCCCAGGGGUGAAAGAAAAUCAGACACAGCUUAUUUGUGAAAUGUGCCUUCUAAUUGUUCUGUGUUACAAAUAAACUGAUUGCUAAUGGGCUUUGUAAAAUUAGUCGUUGGUGAUCGGUCAUGCCUAUGGCCGUUCCGUUGGCCGUUCUGGGCGUUGAUGGGUGGGUAAGGCGAGGAAGCCUUUGGGCCACGGCCGGGCACGAACGUAGAGGAAAAGCAAGAGAGUAGGCAGAUAGGAGACUCCUGGUCGUUCUGAACCUAGCAGCUGAGUACAGGAAUGGGAAGAGCUUUUUCUUUUCUUCUUUAAUGUGUAAUAUUUCAUGUGGAUUAGGAUGGACUGAAUGGAAUCACUUUGUCCUUGUGCCAUCAUUCUGUACAGCGUUUGUAUAUAUGAUGGUUUUUAGAAUGUUUUAAUUUGUGUUGCCUGCUUUUCAUGUAAUAAUGAAUUAAUGUACCUGCAAAGAAUGCCUUACAUAUUUUUAAUUUCCUAAUUGCUGAAAGUGUAAAAAAAAAAAAAAAAAAAAGCAGCAAUUUGUUUUGGAGAAAUUAGACUGUGAGAAAUAUUGGACAAUGACGGGGCAGGGUGCUGGGAGGGAGGAAGGAAACUAACUUUAGCAUUUUUUUAUUGUCAUCACUCUUGUUUUUUACUAUCUACAAUCUUUUUACUCUUACAGUAGAUUGUUUUUAAAUAUACCACUGACUCAAAAAAUAAAAUAUUAUUUUAAAAACUUG